CGCUGAUAAAGCACAUGGCGGGACGACGGGGAAACGAAAGGACACCUCAACAUCAUCAUCGCGGCUCAUCAGCAUCCACACGCCCGCAACGCGCCACGGUUUCCAACCUGGACUCUAGGUCGGCAGCGAGACGCACAUACGCUGCUGUAGUAAACCGCCGCAGCGAUAAAUACGAAACCCAGCCUGAAGCUGCGUCGGCAGUUCCAUCUAGCCCAACCGGGCUGUCCCGCAUUCUCCCGGAACAAAAGCGCACUUCCCACCACUCGCUUCCCACGCAGCGCUCUACUGUUAACGCUCCGCAACCAUGGACCAAAUCAUGGGCGGCGACGGCGCCUUCCCGCUCGAGACGUGGUUUUGGGAGAUGCCCAUCUGCACACGAUGGUGGACCACCGCGACGGUCCUGACGAGCGGACUGGUGCAGUGCCAGCUGCUGACCCCGUUCCAGCUGUUCUACAGCUACCGCGCAGUCUUCCACAAGGCGCAGUACUGGCGCCUGAUCACGACCUUCCUCUACUUCGGCCCCAUCUCGAUCGACCUGCUCUUCCACGUCUACUUCCUGCAGCGCUACUCGCGCCUGCUCGAGGAAUCGUCGGGCCGGUCGCCCGCCCACUACUCGUGGAUGCUGCUGUUCGCGACCACCAGCCUCCUGCUGCUCUCGCCCUUCGUGUCCAUGCCCUUCCUCGGCCACCCGCUGUCGUCCACUCUCGUCUACAUCUGGUCGCGCCGCAACCCGGACACGCUCAUGAGCUUCCUGGGCCUGCUCGUCUUCCGCGCGCCCUACCUGCCGUGGGUCCUGAUGGGCAUCAGCCUGAUGCUGCACGGCACCGUGCCGAAGGACGAGCUGCUGGGCGUGGUUAUCGGCCAUAUCUGGUACUUCUUCAAUGACGUCUACCCGAGGCUGCAUGGAGGCUCGCGGCCGCUGGAUCCGCCGAUGUGGUGGCGGCGUCUGUUUGAGGGGCGACAGCGCGACGAGACUGCCAACGGCAUCAACAACGAAAUCGCUGUCGCCGAGGCCGCGCCUCCACAACCCGAAGUGCGGUGACCAUCGGCGGAGUCACAGCGUGUACAUAUUCAUUCUUUGCGAUCUCAUUCCACUUCUAGGCGCUGGGCGUUAAGGGCGGGUUCAGACGUUAGCGGAGGCAUUUUUCCAGAUCGGCAUUGC